AUGUACCCACGGGCAUGGCGAACAGCGAGACUGGUCCUGCUACGAAAGGAGAGUCGUCCGCUAGAUUCGCCGUCCGCAUACAGGCCGAUAAGCCUGCUGGACGAGGUGGGCAAGCUCCUGGAAAGGAUAAUUGCAGCGCGUCUAGAGGCUCAUAUGGAGCGACGAGAACCUGGGUGGCACGACAGCCAGUACGGGUUCCGCCGAGGACGCUCGACAGUGGACGCGGUGAGACGGGUAUGCUCUAAGGUGGAGGAUAUGGUCUCCCAGGAAGGAGUGGCGAUAGCGGUCUCACUAGACAUAACUAACGCCUUCAACUCCAUCCCAUGGGCAAGAAUCUUAGAAGCCCUGAACUACUACGAGAUACCGGAGUACCUCGUAAGGGUUAUUAGGGCAUACCUCUGCGACAGGUGGAUCAUAUACAACACCAAGGAUGGGGAAACGAGGAAACCGGUCGAGUGCGGUGUACCGCAGGGGAGACUCGGACUGAGCGUGUCACCAACCAAAUCGGAAGCCCUGGGGUUCUUCGACCGGCGACGAAGAGAACCACCACCAACCGGACUGUCCAUCAAUAUCAACGGAGAGGAAGUGCCGGUGCGACACCAGAUGAGGUACCUGGGUCUCAUCAUCGACAGCCAGUGGACCUUCGAGCCGCACAUUGAACAACUGGUCCCAAGGGUGACUGCCGCGGCCAACGCCCUAUGCGGCCUACUGCCGAACGUGGGUGGAGCGGGAGUGGGCGUUCGCCGACUGUACGAGGGAGUCGUAAAAUCCCGAGUACUCUACGGAGCCCCAGUGUGGGCCGAAGACAUGAUGGAGAGCCGGCGCAGCCGGCUACUACUAAGGAGGCUACAAAGGACGACCGCCAUCCGCACAGCAAGAAGCUACAGGACGGUGUCAUACGCGACGGCGACCGUGCUGGCCGCGCCCCCCCCCCCCUUCGAGCUGCAAGCCCUCGCACUUCGAAGGGUAUACGACAAAAGGAAGAUCUCACGCCUGGACGGGCGCGCAACGACGCCACCACCCGACAGCAGACCACCGUCGAGUGCACGGGAAGAAGCCAAACGGGAGACAUGGGAGCGAUGGCGCUCUCAACUGGUCGAGGAAGACACUACACGGCAACACCGGGCUGUUCGCGCCGUGCUCCCCAACUGGGAAACAUGGAGAGAACAAGGCGGGGUACCGCUGACAUUCCGUAUGACACAGAUGCUCACAGGUCACGGAGUGUUCGGUGAGUACCUACUACGGAUCCGGCGGGAGGUGACCUCCAUAUGUCACCAAUGCGAGGAAGAGGAGGAUACGGUACAACACACGUGGGAGCGAUGCCCGGCAUGGGCAGACCAGCGCCGCGUCUUGCAACUCGACAUCGGCGAGAGCGUAGCCCGAGAAGCGAUCGUGAAGGCCAUGUUGAGAGGGCACCAGGAAUACACCGCCGUCCGCUCCUUCUGUUUGAUUACCUUGGUCUUCACAGUUCUACUGACGCCCUAUAAGCCUCUCGGCCAGAGUUUGCAGAUGUGCGCAGACGGAGUUGCCAGUUUGACAGGACUUGCUGGUAUUGUUGAUGCGUUGAUGACGCCGCGCAACAGAUUUUCCGGCUUUACCAUGGCUUUCCUUGUAUUCGACCUCGCUGCCUUUGGCCUUUCGUUUACAUCUCUAUCUGUGAUCGUCGUUCGUAUUUCCACAAACGUAGGGAUGCCACUGGAUGGUGACAAGUCUAAUUCGAGGACAAUACGUACCGAAUUAGACUUGUCACCAUCCAGUGGCAUCCCUACGUUUGUGGAAAUACGAACGACGAUCACAGAUAGAGAUGUAAACGAAAGGCCAAAGGCAGCGAGGUCGAAUACAAGGAAAGCCAUGGUAAAGCCGGAAAAUCUGUUGCGCGGCGUCAUCAACGCAUCAACAAUACCAGCAAGUCCUGUCAAACUGGCAACUCCGUCUGCGCACAUCUGCAAACUCUGGCCGAGAGGCUUAUAG